GGGGCGUGUCGCUAGGUGUUAGCUUGCUAGCUAGACGCGAGCUAAAGUUUAGCGCACUCCUGUCACUUUCAGACAGCAGGGAGCACCCUCUCCGGAACCAGAGCAGGGCUUCCCGGGAAACGAAACUAAAAAGGCCGACACUUCCGCGUCCGACCUCCGUCAGAUGUGGACAUUGACCUGUCGUCGGCGUCAAUUUUGAAACUUGUACCCGGCCGCCCGUAACACAUUUCGCCGCGAUAUAACCGCCGCGCACACGGGCGCAGGCAGAGUCGUCUCCGGCGGCUACCCGGCGCUAGCAUGGACGGCGGCGGCACGAAGAGUAGCGAGGAACGGGAGGCGGAGAAGUCGAUGGACGGCUACCUGAAGACGCAGGGUCUGCAUCGGAAGAAGAUCGCCAAAGACGGCUCCUGCUUGUUCCGCGCUGUCGCCGAGCAGGUGCUGCACAACCAAGGGCGUCACACCGAGGUCCGGGCCAAGUGCGUUGAGUUCCUGAAGGAGAACCGAGGGAGCUACGAGGCGUUUAUUGAAGGCGACUUUGAGGAUUAUCUCUUCAAGCUUCGAGACCCACAGCAGUGGGUGGGAGAGGUGGAGAUCAACGCGCUUGCCGUCAUCUACAAAAGAGACUUUUUCAUCUUUCAGGAACCCGGGAAGCCGGCCGUCAACAUCACAGACAACAACUUCAAGGACAAGGUGCAGCUGUGCUUCCUCAACGGGAAUCACUACGACAGCGUUUACGCCGUCAGCCGCAUCCAAGCCGCCGCCCUCUGCCAGUCCAUCUUGUACGAGCUGCUGUACGGCGGCGUGUUCCGGGUGGAGCGCGGCGCCCUGGGCUCCUGUCAGCGCUCCGGCCGACCCGCCGACCUCCUGAGCGACGACGCCAUGAACGUCUGCGCCAGCAGCGACGACUCGGAGCCGGAGGCCGACGAGCCGCUGUGGGUGGAAAACGGAGCGAACACGGCGGCGCGACCCAACAACCAGCGGGGCCGUGGGCGAGGCCGCGUCCUGCUCCCCGAGCGGGUGAGGCGUUCGCUGAACCCGACUCUGCUCAGGAAUGUGGAGUAUGACGUGUGGCACAAGUCCAAGAGAGCUCAACAGAAGAUGGAUUAUUGCAUCGCAGCCGGGAUGCAGUUCGCCGUCGGAGAUCGCUGUCAGGUUCGUCUGGAGGGGCGGAGCCACAGCGCCGUCAUUAAGGAGGUUUCUCCCAACAACGGCCCAGUGAGCGUCUACCUGGAAGAACUGGGGAGCAGGAAACAGGUUCCUCUUUGGAGCCUUCGCCCCCCCAGCGAGGAGAACAGCUGGAGCACAGUGGUCAACAGGGGAGACAAGAAGCUCAGCAACGGACACGGAGAUUGGGAGGAGCGCAGCAGAGGAAGAGGAAGGGGGAAGAACAUAGCUUCAGCGUCCUCAUCCUUCGUUUCCCCGGCAACAACCCCGGGCGCUAGUGGGCGUGUGCAGAAGCAGCACUCGUGGCCCCCGCAGGCCACCGUAGAGGAGCAGGGAGGGGCGAGGGACACCAGGAAGUCACUGAGCUCGGUGGAUCCUCACUUCGGUCUCACAGAGAGGCAGCGCUCGGCCAAAGAGGUGGAGGAGAAGAACAUGGCGCUGGUGGAGAUCCAGCUGAGGGACGAGAACAGCUUCCCCGCCCUCGGGGGUGAUGGAGGGAGGAGGAAGGGCGGAGACAAGAGGUGGUGCUCCACCACCACGCCGAAAAGUCCAGCUGAUGACGUCAGAGCACCGUCACCUGCUGCUGCCCCCCUCCCCCCCUUCCCUGCUGCUGCCCCCCUCCCCCCCCUCCCUGCUGCUGCUGCUCCGCCUGCAAACUGUGAGCGUCCUCGUCCUCCAUCUGCUGCCCCGAGCAUCAAACCUCCUCCAGCGGGUGGUGCUGCUCCCCCCUCCCUCCCCCCCGCUGCUCCCCCCUCUGCUCCCCCCUCCCUCCCCCCCUCCGCUACUCUCUUCCUCUCCCCUGCUCUCCCUGCCGCAUCUCCCCUGGCCCCCCCCUCCUCCUCGACUCCACCCCCCACCUUCAUCGCCCCCAUCGCUCCGUCUCCCACCGCCGCUCUGGGCUUCCUCCCCCGUCCCUCCCCUCCUCUCUCCUCUUUCCCCCGCUCGCCCAGUCCAGCCUCCUUCUCCUCCCCCCUGACCCAGCCGGCUCCCGUCAGCGAGGCCCCCCCCCCCUCAAAGUGAGGAACCUUCUUUUUU